CCAGCCGCCUCUCGAGGUGGAAAGGCGCCGAAGCCAGGGAGGCGGGCGCCUUCCUGGAAAAGAAGUGGGUCGGCCUCAGCGGAAAAGCAAGCCCAACACCAGAAGGGGAAGACCCCGGAACUGGACGUGAAAACACCGUUCUCCCUGGAGCUUUCCGGACCCAAUUAGAGGUUGUACCCGGCCCGGUUACCGUGGUAACAGGCGUCGCGGUUUGUCAAGGAACCGAGGGAAGAGGCUGCGAUUGGGAUCGAGGCGUUGUGCCUUCAGAAGCCAUGCUCUCAGCUACUGAGCUUUGAGGGACGUGUCCUGGGGCCUCUGGCAGGGUCAGGACUGCAUAGGCACCGGUCAGCCAAUACCCCGGAUCUGAGCAAGAGGCUGGGUCCCUGGGAACGCAGACUUUGACCACUCUACACUCCGCGCGGGCGGGGGUCUAGGCAGAGGUGAGGACUUGUGGUCUGAGGGGACAACCUGAGAUCCUAAGAAGGGGGACUAGAUAAUUAGGGAAUUAGGUAAAGAAGAGUGGUGUUGAUGGGGUUCUUGGGUGGCUCAGUCGGUGAAGCUUCUGCCUUCAGCUCAGGUCAUGAUCUCAGGGUCCUGGGGCGGAGCCCCAGGUCAGGCUCCCUGCUCAGCGGGGACUCUGCUUCUCUUUCUCCCUUGGCCCUUCCCCCUGCUUGUUUCUCUCUCCCUCAAAUAAAUAAAUAAAAUCUUGAGAAAAAAAAAAAGUGGUUCUUUUAAAACCCUCUUUUAGACACAGGGUUCUAUCUUCACCAAAACAAUUCCUGACCUGUGCCUCCUCCUCCAAAAGAAGAAACAAAUCAUUAGUCACACGUCCUUUUUUUCUCCCCGAAGCCCUGUCUUUCCACAGACUCAAGAGGCCUAUUUUCAGGUCCACCAUGGAGUCUUCUUCCUCAAAGGGUCGGCUCACCCAGGUUACUCAGCUCUGGAACCUCCUAGAUGAUCUGGCUGAAAGUGAUCCUGAGAGCUAUAAAAAGUUCAUUCAGCAGCAGCUCAAAGAAGGGAAAGAGCUCUGUGCUGCCCCAGAACCACAGCUCUGUCUACAAAGCAGGAUCCUGAAACCAAAGGAAAAAGUACUUUUUAUUAACCUGUGUCAGUGGAAAAGGAUCCCCGCUCCUCAAUCAGCCACUCAUCCAGUACUUAUAAGUGUUGGCCAACCAGAAGAUAUGUCUGAGACAUCAGAUGUUUAUACAGUCGUCAGUGUUGCCUACAAUCCUGAUGUUCUCCAGGCAGCAGAAAAGGACCAAGUGAAAAAAGACCAGUUAAUACGGAUGGCCAUGAAAUGCAUCGAGGAAAAAUUCCAAUUCACUCUCUCACACUCUUACAGUAUCGCUAAAUUUAGAAUAAAAGGAAGCAUUGAAAGGAUGAAACAAAAUCUGAUGGGAAUGCAAGCUGACCCUACAGAUUUAAGAGAGAAAAUGAGAAAGGAACUAACCUUUGAACAGAUAAGUAGUACUCUGAGCAAUCCAGAUCACUUUCAACUUUUAUUGCCAAAAGGCGAAGUUUCAAGCAAAAAAAGAUGUCUGAUUGAGGAGAUUUCCAGUACAGAGAUCCAGGUAGAGAUGAAGGAACCAACCUAUGAAUUAAAAAUUGUGGCUGACCAGAAGGAGAAACCACUGAAAAUUGAAAUAAAAGUUGAAUUGCCUGGUAUUAAUUCAGUGUCUCUCUGUGACCUUAGUGUUUCUGAGGAUGAUUUAUUGAUUGAGGUCUCUGAGAAGUACAGAUUACAUCUGAAUCUUCCAGAAUCUGUGGAUACUGAAAUGACUACAGCCAAAUUUAUCAAAGAGAAAGCUACAUUAAUCAUCACAAUGCCAUUGGUAUAAGAGCAUCAUCUGCUUUGGGUUUUCAGUGCUGACUAAAGACAUGUGAAUAAUAGGACCUUCAUUAUGGGUGACAUUAUGGGUGAAGAAGUAAUGGUUUACCUGAAACAUUAGUAUUUUCUAAGAGUUCUUUUUGAUGGAAUGAGAUUUUCUCAUCAACUUAUGUUUGUCUUUUUCUCCUUCUUCUCAAACUUGGCUAGAAGCAGAAACUAAAUAGUAUUGCCAUGAUAGAUGGUUUUGAAGCUAUUUCUCUUAAAGUAGCAAAUUGUCAUUUGGGAAAAUUCUUGUGUUUCCAAGUAAAUUGUGAAAAUUCUUGA